CGAAUGCUUAUAUAAACCAGGGCGAUCGUACACUGGCUACUGACUGAAAGGCAGACAUCUCCUAUCGGAUUCAACUGCAGUAGUCAAAAUGGCCAACAAGUUGAUUAUCAGUUUCGCAAUUUUAUUUGCCUGCUACGCCUCUUCUGAUGCCUUUUUAAUUAACUUGGCCCCGUUUCUUAGCCAGCUUCAGCAGUUUAAGAAUUCAUUGAAUCAAACACUGGCCGGUCUCCAGAACGCUACUGCUAACAAUACCACCAGGACGACAUGUAAUAAUCUUUUCAAUAUAGUUCAACAAUUCGGAAAUGGUACCAUUCCACCGGUUCCGACAAACUUCGCCAAUCUGUUGUCUUUAGUUCAGCAAGGAGCCGCCAACCUGACGUCUGCUGCUAACGGAACUAUCGCUGGAAAUCUCCGAUUCAACCUCUUCAAUUUCGCCAAUUUGUUGAGAAGAAUUCCGUUUUUGCCUAUCGGUAAAUAAACAGAAGACUCUUUCACGGCCUUUAACAGUCAGCCAAAUGUUAAAAGUGUAAAUCUAUGUUUAAAGAAAUUGUUGAAAUAGUAAACAUUGUCAACAUUCAA